ACAUCAACAUCAACAUCAACAUCAACAUCAACAUCAACAUCAACAUCAACAUCAACAUCAACAUCAACAACAACAACAACAACAACAACAACAACAACAACACCAACAACUGCAAAAACAACUCUCAAAAAGAAAAUCAAUAACUCACCAACCCUUAACUUUAAAAUACCCGUCUUUAGUGCAAAUAGGUAUACAAAAAUAGCAAUAACAACAAACCCGAAAUUAUCAACAUCAACAACAAUAACAUCAACUUCAACAACAACAACAACAGCUCUAGAAACAGCUACUGAAAGUUCAAAAUAUACAAAUUCUCCAGUUUAUAACUUUAAACUUCCCAUUUUUCCAGCACACUUUUAUUCAAAGACUAAACCAACAACAACAACAACAACUACCCCAACAACAACAACAACAACAACAACUACCCCAACAACAACAAUAGCAACAACUACUGCUGCUCCUACAACAACAGAACCAGGAUUUACUAACUCACCAAUAUUCAAUUUCAAACUCCCGUUCAACUUUGAUGCCGGGUUUAUCUCCAAUUCUUUAUCUCGGCUUAUCACUGGAGACCAAUCUACCGGAUUUUCUCUUUUAAAUAUUCUUCAGCAGGAUACAACUAGGAAAUCUAUCAAGGAGAUGGUUGAAAAGAAAAAAGCAGAGAAAAUCUCGCAAAAAUCCGAAUCAACAACAGCAACAACUACGCCUAUAACAACGACAACAAAAACACCAACAACUACGCCUACAACAACGACCACCACAACUACAUCAACUACAACAAUAAAACCUACACCGGCAAUCAAUAAGAAGUUAAAGAACAAGAAGGCGACUAAUUCUCCGAUUUACACGUUUAAACUUCCAUUCUCCGGAGAAGGAGGAUUGGAUAGCUCUUUACUCCGUAUACUAUCAGGUAAACAGAGGAAUAUGGAACAGGAGACGUCAACGGAACAGAGCACAACGUCGCAACAAACUUUAGAGACAUCAACGGAACAAAGAACAACGUCGCAGCAGUCUCUGGUGGAAACACUCUUCCACCGCGCAUCAACGGCAUUAACAUCGAGAUUAGAAACUACAACUACAACAACAACAACACAACCUUCUGUAAAUCCCAGAAAAGCUGAAAAUUUAUCCAAGGAGGAUUCAAAUAUAGAGCACAAGUCCAUCAUGGAGGAAGUAACUACAGAGCGAUCUAUGACCCCAAGUCUUGUAACAUGGCUCUCUGGGCCUUUCCGACUUAAUGGUUUGCCAACCUCAUUAGUUAGAGUCCCUCCUCCUUUCCCCGCCCUAGAUCCGCUCUCUUGGGUAGACAAGAUUCGAUCUUCUCUUUACCCUGUUACAAAGAUUAUUUUUGGUUAAUUAAACCUGUACAUAGUAAUACAGGAUGUCCCACAAAAAAUGACAAAUAAAAGACGACUUUUAAAAGGUUAAACUACUUUUAAGCCUUAAAAUAGAUUUUAUUUUAUUUAUCUCUCUUAAAAUUAGAUUAUCAACUGAAUGCCCCAACAUAUUACAAAAAGAUGACAUGACUUGGCUAUCUAAAAAGAAAUUUUCAUGUUUUGAGGGACACCUUGUAAAAUAUUUGUGUAUAUAUUUUAUAUGCUCAAACUUCAAAGACUUUGAAGGAAAAUAUCAAAUUGAGAAAACUUGAAACUAUGAAUAU